UUUUCCACAGCUGAUUGUCGUCGCCAUCUUCGGCGUCAAACGUAAACACAGGGGCUCUUCAGCCGAAUAACUGGGAACACACACGUCUGCAAAACAAACAAACACGCAGGAAAAAGAGGACAGAAACUGCCCUUUUCUAAGACCCCCUCAGCACAUGUGCGCUGAAGCUCUUUACAGGCUUCGUGGACGUUUUUCCCGGCUGACGGUCUCCAAAAUGAGCCGUAAGCGCGCUCCGUAAACACGAACAGGUUAGCUGACGUUCGCGUUAGCCGGCUGGCUAAGCUAUUCCACUGCAUCGCUUGCGACAAACGUCGUUCUUAAACAGCUGACAGCGAGCAGACAGCCUGCACGAAGGCUUUAAACACAGAAAAGAAGACGUUAGACAAAACAUUACCGUAAGCUUAGGCUGGUUUAGCUGGUUUUUGACGUGUUUGUGGUUUCCAGUUAGCUUCCAUAGCAACUAUGUGUGUAGGCAAGAGAGUACAAACGCCUUGAGCUUUUACGUGAGAUUAUAUACAUUUCUUAUGGAAGAAUAGCCGUAAAAAAGCGGGAUGGGAGCGCUCGGGGGAUCUGCGUGUGCAGACUGAGGCAGAGCCGGAGCCGGAGCCGGAGCGCUGGCUUCAGGGGGAAAUGGACCAGGACUAUGAGAGACGCCUCCUCAGGCAGAUCAAUCACCAGAACUUGCCCGAGGGCCAACUGACCAAGUCAGGAUACGCCACAUGCAGUCCAGUCAGCGUUAAAUCUGGGGACCGGUUCAUACCCACUCGCGCGGGGAGCAACUGGAGCAUCAACUUCCACUACGCCAACGAGAACUGCUGGUCACCCAACCAGAAUCAAAGGUCAAAGGAUGCGAGUGCGGACAGUGGGAAGGACGCCGUGGCCUACGCCGCUCUGCUGCGGAACGAGCUGCUGGGGGCCGGAAUCGAGACCGUUCCUGACCCUCACACAGAUGACCGGCGACAGGCCGUCCUCAACCAGGACACACACAGCCUCUUCAGGUACACCAUCCACACAAAGCGAGUGCCUUUCGACAGCGGCAAUGAAAUCUCCCCUUACUCCCUCUCUCCUCUCAGCAACAAAAGUCACAAGCUGUUGCGUUCGCCGCGAAAGCCAGCGCGAAAAAUCUCCAAAAUUCCCUUCAAGGUCCUGGAUGCACCAGAGCUGCAGGACGACUUCUACCUUAACCUGGUGGACUGGUCUGCCGGAAACCUCCUGAGUGUUGGUCUGGGGGCCUGUGUUUACCUGUGGAGUGCCUGUACCAGCCAGGUGACGAGGUUAUGCGAUUUGUCAGUGGAUGGAGACUCUGUGACGUCAGUCUGCUGGAACGAACGGGGAAGCUUGGUUGCUGUAGGAACCCAUAAAGGCUUUGUGCAGAUUUGGGACGCAGCCGGAGGGAGGAAGUUAACCAGCUUGGAAGGGCACUCGGCCCGUGUCGGGGCGCUGGCGUGGAAUGGCGAGCAGCUUUCCUCAGGCAGUCGGGACAGGGUGAUCCUGCAGCGGGACGUGCGCACCCCUCCGCCUGUGGAGAGGAAGCUGCAGGGCCACAGGCAGGAAGUGUGCGGGCUGAAGUGGUCUCCGGACCACCAGCACCUCGCCUCCGGAGGAAACGACAACAAGCUGCUGGUGUGGAACAGCUCCAGCCUGCAGCCCGUGCAGCAGUACAGCGAGCACCUGGCAGCGGUGAAGGCCAUCGCCUGGUCGCCUCACCAGCACGGCCUGCUGGCGUCCGGCGGAGGGACGGCUGACCGCUGUCUGCGCUUCUGGAACACUCUCACAGGACAGGCCCUGCAGAGCACGGACACGGGCUCACAGGUUUGCAACCUGGCCUGGUCCAAACACGCCAACGAACUGGUCAGCACACACGGUUACUCACAGAACCAGAUCCUGGUGUGGAAAUACCCUUCGCUCACACAGGUGGCCAAGCUGACCGGACACUCCUAUCGCGUGCUCUAUCUGGCCGUGUCCCCAGACGGUGAGGCCAUAGUGACGGGAGCAGGAGACGAAACACUGAGGUUCUGGAACGUCUUCAGUAAAACGCGCUGCACCAAGGAAUCCAAGUCAGUAUUGAACCUGUUCACAAGGAUACGGUAAUGAAGGUGGACAGUGGAGGCCAAGGCUGCGUCCAUUCAGCACAUCACACAACACGUCCAGACCUUCGAUAUUUCUUUUCUGUUUUACCUUUUUUUUUUUUCUUUUCUACUGAGGAUGAUGAUGUCUCCCCACACCUCCUAAAGCAGCGUCCUCCCCUCAUUAAACACCCCCCCCCACCAGUGAGCCCCCGGUUUUAUGUCUGUGUCUUCUGUCUCUGUUACUGUAUGAUGUGGACGACCAAACGGACGGUGUUCUGCAAGAUAAGCUGAGAGAAACGGUCUGAACUACAUGCCUGUUGUGAUGGUCUACACUCAUGAGGCUGUUGCACAACAACCCCUUCUGAUAUUUUCAGUAUUUUAUAUGUGCAUAUGAAAAUAAGAUCAUGUUAUCUGACAGAUAACCGUAUGAAAUAAACACACUACUGCAGUGAUGCUGUCAGUAGUUUAUGAGAA